UGGACACCACAGAACAUCACAACGACGUGAUAUUAAAGUUACGGUGCAACGACGCAAGAGGAGCACGCGGCUGACAAGUGGCAUGCGAAACCAAUCGACUUGAGCUUUUUGACCCCGAUCCUCAAGUCUGUUGAGAAUGCAACGCAACUCGGCUCAUGUUAGACCGAGAGGGCUCAAUGACCGGGCACCGUAUUUUCGGUUCGAACCGAUUUCCAAGGGAAGCUUCUAUGUUUCCGAUAGUUCAGACGGACACACAGCAGCGUGUUGCCCUAGUUGUUUGCGGAGAAUAGCGCUGUGUUCCCCCUUAUCCAGCCAAUGCAAGGGACUCUCGAGAAGCAAUGUGUUGGCCGGAGCGAGCAAAUCUCUCCAGGGUUGCAUAUGGAUACAGCUGCCAUCACUAAAGAACGCCUUUUGCAGUCCCAAGUCGAAUCCGAAACGGACAGGAUUCCAUCCGGCGCCAAGAUCGACAAGACGAGCCAAGAAAGUUGGACGGAACUACAGCGGUGCCAAGGACUCAGCAUUUUUCAUCCCAAGGUACGUAUCCAGGGCGGUCAAGAGGGUAGGUAUGCAUGUCCCCUACUUCGCACCUACGUAAUACAGCCCAUACCGAAUUUAUGCCCUCCUAGGGGUCUGGGACCGAUACGCCUGAGAUUAAAGCAAAGAAGCUUUGUCGAGACCCUGAAUUUGUCGUCAUCAUUC